AUGCACGCCCGUCUGGCCUUUUCGCGCAUGGCCCCUGCAUUGGUCAAUGCAAGAGCCUCGUCGUCUGUGACCGCUCGCGGGGCUCUGAACGGUAUCCGACGAUACGCAACGGAGACCGAGCAACACACGAUGACCGUGCGUGAGGCCUUGAACGCUGCAAUGGAGGAGGAAAUGAUACGCGACGAGUCCGUCUACGUUCUCGGUGAAGAGGUCGCGCGGUACAAUGGGGCAUACAAGGUCACGAAAGGACUUCUGGACAAGUUUGGUGAGAAGCGCGUCGUCGACACACCUAUAACGGAGAUGGGCUUCGCUGGUAUUGCCGUUGGCUCUGCGCUGGCUGGCCUCCGACCCAUUUGUGAAUUCAUGACAUUCAACUUUGCUAUGCAGGCCAUUGACCAGAUUGUCAAUUCCGCUGGCAAGACGUAUUAUAUGUCGGGCGGUAACGUCCCAUGUCCUGUUGUCUUCCGUGGCCCGAACGGUGCUGCAGCUGGUGUUGGUGCUCAACAUUCACAAGACUAUGCCGCUUGGUACGGUUCAGUACCAGGUCUUAAGGUUGUCAGCCCGUGGAGCGCUGAAGAUUGCAAGGGUCUGUUGAAAUCUGCCAUCCGGGACCCCAACCCCGUUGUCUUCUUGGAAAAUGAAAUGCUCUAUGGUGUUUCUUUCCCAAUGUCAUCGGAGGCCAUGUCCGACAACUUCCUACUCCCAAUAGGGAAGUGCAAGGUCGAACGGGAAGGCAGUGACAUCACCAUCGUCGCCCAUAGCAAGAUGGUCACACACAGUCUCGAGGCGGCAGAUGCCCUCGCUAAGGAAGGUGUCAAGGCUGAGGUCAUCAACCUACGAAGUAUCCGUCCUUUGGAUAUUGACACCAUCAAAAAGUCGGUUAAGAAGACAAACCGUCUCGUCAUCGUCGAGGGUGGCUUCCCAGCCUUCGGUGUUGGCAGUGAGAUCUGCGCUCAGAUAAUCGAGAGUGAAGCUUUCGACUAUCUCGAUGCUCCCGUUGAACGAGUCACUGGUGCUGACGUCCCAACACCAUACGCCACCAACCUCGAGAACCUUGCCUUCCCCGACACACCGCUUAUCGUCAAGGUCGCCAAGCGCGCCCUCUACCGGACCAACUAG